UUGUGCUUUAUAUGUAUGUGUCUAUCAAUAUAAAUAUAUACACAGAUAUCAUCAUCAUCAUUAAACGCCUGGUGUUACUUGUCAAUGUAUGAAGAAUGAUAUUGACUGCACUACCUGAAGACCCAUCUAACCCAUGCCUCCAGAUAUACAUAAAAUGAUGAUAAUUUUCUGAAAUAUUUCUUUUAUUUAGAUAAUCGUAAACAUAUAUCUGAACGUCACAAAGAUAUGUAUGAAGAUAUUUUAGAUGACAGACGGUCUUCUAGUGAUUUUCGAUGGGCCACAAGAACUAGAGAAGACAUUCCUGUUUACUGUUUCAACAAACCACGCAGCUCAGCUGAUAUUAAAAAGGAUGUUUUAAAAAGUAAACGAGUUCAGUAUAUAUUGGAAAAGUUGUCUCAGGAAUCUGGAACUUCAGUUGCAGAACUUACAAAUCAAGCUGCUGUUAUAUUAGAUGAAAUGGCUCAUAACAUUAAUAUGGUUUCUAUUCGGAGUUUUGCUUUCUUUCUUGUAAAAGUGUUCAAGCAACUCUUUUCUCAUAUAUAUGUUAAUGAAGAUGGUAUUCAACAGGUACGAAACCAGCUGAAAGAAUACCCUGUACUGUUGAUGCCCAGCCACAGAAGUUAUAUAGAUUUCUUACUAUUAUCUUUUAUUUUUUUCCACUAUGAUUUACCACUGCCUGCUAUUGCUGCAGCUAUGGAAGUUACAAAGACCCCUUCAUGGGGACUUGACACCUACAAUUUAGUCAUUUUUUCUAAGCAAAGACGAAUACAGUUCUACCAUUGGAAGCUAUAGGGUCACCUGAACAUAACAGAUGAGCAUUAUUUGUAAUUCAACGGUACAACAGUGUAAGACUAUCCUUUUUGAUAUACUUACAUUCUGAUUUCUGCAAUGUGGUGCAUAAAUUGUCAAGAAAAUGAGACGCAUCUUUGCCUCCAGUGAUUCACUUGCAAAUUGUUGAGUAAAAUUAUUUUGCUGCA